UAGACUUAUGGUUAUUGAAGUCCCAAGCGAGUCUCGACACAUUUUAAAUAGUUAUCCAUCAAAAAAUAUCAAACAGUUAAGACAAGCAUCAUGUGAUGGUCAACUCUACUAAGCAAAUGUACGGUGCACACAAUUAGAUUCUCAACGUCGGGGAGCAAAGAAAUAAGGAUGUUGCUUCUGCGCCUCUCCGAUUUCGCAAUUACUCGACAAAGUUCAAACACAAUGGAUUGACAAAAAUUGACUCAGCUACAUCAUAUAUCCUAAUGAUUCUUUUGAAAGCUAGUCGAUUGAGUAGAUCCAUUAUCACUUUUUAUGCUACAUCUAUUCUUUUCAGAAGGUAUACAAUCAUAAUGGUUAAAUAAUCCCUUAAAAAAAGAUUACAUAAUUGAAUAAGUUGUGUUGGAUGCUAAUUGCUGACCUUAUAUAGAUCAAUUAUUUUGCAUACGUUGGUUUCUAGAAAUCCCAAAAACAAUUAACGGUGGAUAUUGUUUUCCAGCAAUCCUUUAUACAAUAACAAUUUUCCAAAUUGUCUUGUUUUUUUUUGUGUAUUCCACAUAUAUAUUGUACUGUUCUAGCAUUAGAACUUCUCUCUGUCGAUUAAUCUUGUGCAGCCACGAACUGACUGUGUUCGAAUCCUCGUUGACCGUGUUCGAAUUCCCGCGAGUCUCUACUUUAAGAAUUAACAAUGCAUUUUUAAACUCAAUAUAUGAUGGACCAAUGCAAUUUUCAAGUAAAUGGAUGCAACAUGUGAAAUAUUGAGUAUAAAAUUCAUACUCAAAUUUCUCUUAAGCAAAUCGAGUUACUAAGAUCAAGUAGUAUAACCGCAAUCGUAUAAUCUUGCAAACCUCGAGUAAAACAACACUGUCAGCACCAUGUGCAUUUUUCUGGCCAAAGGUUCUUAAUCACCAAGUAGCAGCAACAGUCAUAAUAUAUAUAUACUAAAUUACUGCAAAUGAGCUAUCCCAUUACAGUCAAGCUCGCGAUUAAGAAGACCUUUUCAGCCGCCCCUAAGUAAAAUAUCAUUCCUAUUAUACAUCAACAGUCACAAUUUAUGUACCCAAACCAACUCUCCCUAGAAUAACACCUCCAAAUUCAAAUCUUUCCAUCCAUGGAAACUUGCCAGAUAUAAGAUAUUCCUUUCCUGUCCUAGUCUUUCCCCAACGCAAAAACAACCAACCUGAAGGAGACCCUUUACCUGCUACUUAACUGGGCCAUACCCAUCCCAAGUUGAUCCCCCUUUUUUACAGUUUAACCUUCCUCCACCUCUAUAAAAGAAGCCACCACCUUUUCCUUUACCAUUCAGCCUGAGAAAGCUCAGGAAAACCCCAGUUAUGGCUACUUCAGGGAGAAUCAGCACUAGUGGCAGGAUCAGCAGCUCGGACGUAUGGAGGAGCAGCAGCACAGGGGACAGAGUGUUCUCAAGGUCAGGAAGAGCCAACGACGACGACGUUGAAGACGACGAGGAAGCACUGAAAUGGGCUGCUCUGGAGAAGCUCCCCACUUACCUGAGGAUCAGGAGAGGGCUUCUGAACGAAGACCAAGGGAAUUCGCGCGAGGUGGAGAUCACUGACUUGGGGUUCUUGGAGAAGAGGAACUUGCUGGACAGGCUUGUCAGGAUUACUGAUGACGAUAAUGAGAAGUUCCUGCUCAAGCUCAAGAGUCGCAUUGAUAGAGUCGGGCUGGAAAUGCCGACGAUUGAAGUGAGGUUCGAGCAUUUGAACGUUGAGGCAGAGGCUCGUGUUGGAGGCAGGGCAUUGCCUACUGUGUUCAACUUCUCUGUCAACAUGUUUGAGGAAAUCUUGAACUCUCUUCACAUUCUGCCAAGCAGAAAGAAGCCAUUGCCGAUUCUUCAUGAUGUUAGUGGAAUCAUCAAGCCAGGAAGAAUGACACUGCUUUUAGGCCCUCCUGCCUCUGGAAAGACUACCUUACUGCUUGCCUUAGCAGGAAAACUUAGUAAAGAUCUUAAGUUUUCAGGAAAAGUUACAUACAAUGGUCAUGAAAUGGAUGAGUUUGUACCUCAGAGAACUUCAGCUUACAUAAGUCAGUAUGACCUUCAUAUUGGAGAAAUGACUGUCAGAGAAACCCUAGCAUUCUCUGCAAGAUGUCAAGGAGUUGGACCUCAAAACGAUAUUCUGAUCGAACUAUCUAGAAGAGAGAAAACAGCAAAGAUUAAGCCAGAUCCAGAUAUUGAUCUCUUCAUGAAGGCAGCAGCACUGGAAGGCCAAGAAGCCAAUGUGGUUACUGACUACAUUCUCAAAAUCUUAGGGCUUGAAGUAUGUGCUGAUACAUUGGUCGGUGAUGAAAUGUUUCGAGGCAUCUCAGGCGGGCAAAAGAAGCGAGUUACAACUGGGGAGAUGAUGGUUGGACCGUCAAGAGCGUUAUUCAUGGAUGAAAUAUCUACUGGUUUGGAUAGCUCAACAACCUUCCAAAUAGUCAAUUCACUAAGACAAUCCAUCCACAUUCUCGAGGGAACUGCCCUUAUCUCUCUUCUGCAGCCUGCACCAGAAACCUAUGAUCUCUUUGAUGAUAUUGUUCUUCUCUCCGACGGCUACAUUGUCUACCAGGGCCCUCGAGAAAAUGUGCUCGAGUUCUUCGAGCACAUGGGAUUCAGAUGCCCAGAGAGGAAAGGAGUAGCAGAUUUCUUGCAAGAAGUAACAUCAAGAAAGGAUCAGGAGCAGUACUGGCUGAGAAGAGACGAUCCUUACAACUUCAUCACUUCGAUGGAGUUUGCAGAAGCAUUUCAGUCGUUCCACAUUGGCAAGAAGCAAGGAGAUGAGCUGGCAACUCCAUUCGACAAGUCGAAAAGCCACCCUGCUGCACUAACGACCAAUAAAUUCGGUGUCAACAAGAAGGAACUUCUAAAAGCUUGCAUUGCGAGGGAGUAUUUGCUCAUGAAGAGGAACUCCUUUAUCUACAUUUUCAAGAUUACUCAGAUUGUGAUUCUAGCUUUCCUGACAACGACAGUUUUCUUAAGGACGAAUAUGCAUCACGAGACAGUGAACGAUGGAGGAACUUACAUGGGAGCUAUCUUCUACGGGGUUAUUGUCAUGAUUUUCAAUGGGUUCUCAGAGAUGGCAAUGACUAUCCACAAGCUUCCGGUGUUCUACAAGCAAAGAGACCUUCUCUUCUUCCCAGCAUGGGCAUAUGCUCUUCCUGCUUGGGUGCUCAAGAUCCCCAUCGCGUUUGUAGAGGUUGCAAUAUGGGUCAUCCUCACUUACUAUCCUAUUGGCUUUGAUCCAAACAUUGGAAGGUUUGUGAAGCAGUACCUUUUAUUCGUUCUAGCAAACCAGAUGGCUUCCGGGUUGUUACGACUCAUAGGAGCAGUAGGAAGGAACAUGAUCGUUGCUAAUACAAUUGGAUCAUUCUGUAUAAUUAAUCUCCUAGUGUUGGGUGGCUUCAUCAUCUCAAGAGUAAAUGUGAAGAAAUGGUGGCUCUGGGGUUAUUGGAUCUCACCAUUGAUGUAUGUGCAGAAUGGUCUCACUGUCAAUGAAUUUCUCAGCCACAGUUGGAGUCAUGUGCCUCCCAACUCAACUGAGUCGCUUGGGGUUCAAAUCCUCAAGACUCGUGGACUUUUCCCAUAUGCAUACUGGUUUUGGAUUGGAGUUGGAGCACUAACUGGAUCCAUCCUUCUCUUCAAUCUCCUCUUCAUUUUCGCUCUCAAGUAUCUAGACCCAUUUGGCAAGCCACAGGCGAUCAUACCAAAAGAAGACUCGGAAGAGAAGACUACUUCACCUAUAGCCACUAUCGACUUGUCAGAAAGAGGUAACGGCAAAAGAAGGAUAAGUAUUUCAUCCAGAACCCCAUCAUCAAGAGUUGGCAACUUAAAUCAAGACAAGAGAAGAGGAAUGGUACUUCCAUUCCUUCCACUCUCCAUCACCUUCGAAGACAUCAGGUAUUCCAUAGACAUGCCACAGGAGAUGAGAGCUCAGGGGAUCUUGGAGGAUCGUCUGGAGCUUCUAAAGGGGGUCAGUGGAGCAUUUAGACCAGGUGUCCUGACAGCACUGAUGGGAGUAAGUGGAGCUGGGAAAACUACUCUAAUGGAUGUUCUUGCUGGAAGAAAAACCGGUGGAUAUAUUGAAGGAAGUAUUAAGAUUUCAGGGUACCCGAAAAGGCAAGAAACUUUUGCUAGAAUUGCAGGUUAUUGUGAUCAGACUGAUAUCCAUUCCCCUCAUAUUACAGUGUAUGAGUCGUUGAUCUUCUCCGCAUGGCUCAGGCUUUCUCCAGAAUCAAACUCUAAUACACGAAAGAUGUUUGUUGAGGAGGUGAUGGAGCUAGUGGAACUGACUCAGCUGAGAGAUGCACUCGUGGGGUUGCCCGGCGUGAAUGGUUUAUCGACUGAGCAGAGGAAGAGGUUGACCAUUGCAGUUGAGCUUGUGGCUAAUCCUUCCAUAAUCUUCAUGGACGAACCAACUUCUGGGCUUGAUGCAAGAGCAGCAGCCAUUGUAAUGAGAACCGUGAGGAACACAGUUGAUACUGGGAGAACCGUGGUAUGCACUAUUCAUCAGCCCAGCAUUGACAUAUUCGAUUCCUUCGAUGAGUUACUCCUACUGAAGAGAGGAGGGGAGGAAAUCUUUGUCGGUCCAAUUGGCCGCCAUGCCUGCUAUCUCAUAAAGUACUUUGAGGCAGUAGAUGGAGUUCCAAAGAUGAAAGAAGGAUACAAUCCUGCAACGUGGAUGCUAGAGGUAACUACAGCAGCGCAAGAAGAUGCUCUUGGGGUCAACUUCACAGACAUAUAUAAGAACUCAGAAUUGUACAGGAGGAACAAGGAUUUGAUCAAGGAGCUAAGUUCACCACUACCUGGUUCAAACGAUCUCUUCUUCCAGAGGCAAUAUGCUCAAACAUUCUUUACUCAAUGCAUGGCUUGCCUGAAAAAGCAGCACUGGUCAUACUGGCGAAACCCUCCUUAUAAUGCUGUGAGAUUCCUCUUCACAACAUUCAUAGCUCUCAUGUUCGGAACAAUAUUCUGGAAUCUAGGCUCCAAAAGAGGAAAGCAACAGGAUAUUCUGAACUCAAUGGGUUCCAUGUAUGCAGCAGUUUUGUUCAUAGGAUUCCAGAACAAUACAGCAGUUCAACCAAUCGUAUCCAUCGAGAGAACAGUUUUCUACAGAGAAAGAGCAGCUGGGAUGUACUCUGAAUUGCCAUAUGCCUUUGGACAGGUGGUGAUUGAAAUACCAUACGUUCUAAUCCAAGCCCUCGUCUAUGGAGUCAUAGUCUACGCCAUGAUCGGUUUCGAGUGGACGGCAGUCAAGAUCUUCUGGUACAUGUUCUACAUGUACUUCUCAUUGAUGUACUUCACUCUCUUUGGGAUGAUGUCGGUUGCCAUCACUCCAAACCACAACAUUGCUGCCAUAAUUUCAACUGCCAUCUUUGGGUUAUGGAACCUUUUCUCGGGCUUUGUUGUGCCUCGCCCGAGGAUACCAAUCUGGUGGAGAUGGUACUAUUGGGCAUGCCCAGUUGCUUGGACAUUGUACGGACUGGUGGCUUCACAAUAUGGUGACAUUAAGGAAACCUUGGAUGGUAGCAAUGAAACUGUGGAGGAAUUCAUCCGAGACUAUUUUGGGUUCAGACAUGAUUUCGUUGGGGUAGUUGCCCUAGUUCUUGUGGGAAUUUCAGUCUUUUUUGGCUUCAUGUUUGCAUUCUCCAUCAAGGCCUUCAAUUUCCAGAAGAGAUGAGCCAAGUUUCUAAAUUUCUGUAUACUGUAAGCAGCUGCCUAUAUUUUGCGGUACCAUAAUGCAUAAUUACCUACUCAACCAAAUUUGUAUCGUCGAUCUCCCUUCUCCUUUCUAAUUGUCCUGCAAGUUAACUGUAGCUUUAUGCUAAUCAAGAUCUCAUCUGAAGUGCCUUGAACUGAAAAGGGUUACAUCCAAACAGAAAUAUACCAACUCUAUCUCUUGAAAAUCAAAAAAUCAAACAACCCAACAAACAACUCGGUAUUAAUAUAUGAAAGAACCCUAUUACCUGAAAAGAGGGCAUAGAAAUAAAAAAGACUUCAAAAAACAAAGUCUACCUAAAUUGUAUUUACUAUUGGCUUAUAGUAAAGGCAAAGUCAUUCA